CAACCUUGUCCUGUUCCUGUUUUCUUACUGUGGUCUUUAAAGUUCCUCUCUCCUCGUGGAAGAAGACUGUCUCUCUCUCUUGCGGUGCUUGUUCCGAUUCGUGUUUCCCUCAAGUGGGUGUGGAUAGAUACUCCCGUAGCAGCACAAAGAUGGCACUGCAAGCUGUGGUCUUCCAGCAAGACCUCUUCGGUUGCAACAUGAGGGAGAUGCACAUCAAGGGAGGGGAGAUUCGAGGAGUGCUGUCACAAUGUGAUGUGAGCGGUGCUCAAGGUGGCAGGAAUCUGUCGUUGCCGGAGAUGGGAACUGAUUCAGCCUCGGUCGUCUGCACGGGGACUGCGGCAGGUCGGAGGAAGAGGCGGCGCACGAGGAGUUGCAAGAACCAGGAGGAGGUGGAGAACCAGAGGAUGACUCACAUUGCGGUGGAGCGGAACCGUCGAAAGCAGAUGAAUCAGUACCUUGCUGUGCUCCGGUCACUCAUCCCGGCUUCCUACCUCCACAGGGGUGAUCAAGCAUCGGUGAUCGGAGGCGCCAUAAAUUUUGUGAAAGAGCUCGAACAACUAGUCCAGUCUCUCGAAGCUCGAAAGAGAAUCAAGCAGCGAUCCAAUUCCGCUCCCUUCGCCAAUUUCUUCACCUUCCCUCAGUACUCGACGAGGAACGCCGAUGAAGCUGCGGCGGAGCAGCAGUCGCCUGUAGCAGACAUAGAGGUGACCAUGGUGGAGAGCCAUGCCAACCUCAAGGUCCUCGCACAGCGGCGGCCCAAGCAGUUGCUGAAGAUGGUGGUGGGACUUCACCUCCUCCAUCUGACGACGCUUCACCUCAACGUCACCACCAUUGACGCAAUGGUCCUCUACUCUUUCAGUCUGAAGAUGGAAGAUGAAUGCCACUUCACAUGUGUCGAUGAGAUUGCAGCAGAAGUCCACCAAAUGGUUGGGAAGAUCCAAGAGGAGGCUGCCUCUGACAGUGCUGUGUGUUUGUGUUCUAACCACAACAUCAUGUAGGAUUCUAAUCCCUUGUGUUUGUUCAUACCUCUGUUUGAGUGCUCAAACAAGAGGCUUGACUAUGUCUCAUCAAGAGCUUGGUGGAGGCUGCAAAAUGUGAGCUUUAUCUGUACUCAAAAUCCAUGGUAAGGACCCUUUUCCAAAUGGCCCUGUAGCUGAUGUAAGAGUUCACUAAAAGUAAGAGCAAAAUGAACAGGAAAUGAAAGUGUGUAUAGCCCAAGGAGGAAGCAAUCUUAUCACUUUUAUAUGAAAGCUACCUUGAACUUUGUGGGGAGUUAUUAUGUUGUAAUUUUGGGAUCUCAUGAGCCUUGAUGUAUACAGGCUAGAAAGAACUGAAGAACUGGAAAGGAAAGAAAGCCAUAACUUUCUGAGCUCUGGGUGUAGUACAACUUUAGAUCUUGAGGACUAAAAGUUGAAAGGCCUAGUGAUUUCUCCUGCCAUGUGGUUUGGUGAAAGCAGGAACUAUGAGGCUGUACUUUGCAGAUUCAUGUACUGGUCCAGACUCAAGAGUGUCACAUAUGUUUAGAUGAUUGUGUUGCAAACCAGCUAAUUGAUUGAUGCAGUCAUCAACAGGUUCUACUAUUUCUCCAUAUUAUUCUUUCUUAUGGAGCAAAGAAGGAAUCACUAGA